GCACCAUCCCAGAGCAGCUAUCCCCAGCCAAGCACUGUCAGGGGCCGUUUUCUGUCUGGAGGGCCUGAGGACGUUGACGUAGAAGAUGUGCGAGGAAGAGGACAGCACUGCCCUUGUUUGUGACAAUGGGUCAGGGCUCUGUAAAGCCGGCUUCGCUGGGGAUGAUGCUCCAAGAGCAGUUUUCCCUUCCAUUGUGGGUCGUCCCAGGCACCAGGGUGUUAUGGUUGGUAUGGGUCAAAAAGACAGCUACGUAGGUGACGAGGCUCAAAGCAAGAGGGGAAUCCUGACCUUGAAAUACCCCAUAGAACAUGGCAUCAUUACAAACUGGGAUGACAUGGAGAAGAUCUGGCAUCACUCUUUCUAUAAUGAGCUCCGUGUUGCACCUGAAGAACACCCGACUCUACUGACUGAAGCACCACUGAAUCCCAAAGCCAAUCGAGAAAAAAUGACCCAGAUUAUGUUCGAGACUUUUAAUGUGCCAGCCAUGUAUGUAGCUAUUCAAGCCGUCCUGUCCCUCUAUGCUUCUGGACGUACCACAGGGAUUGUGCUUGACUCUGGAGAUGGUGUCACCCACAAUGUGCCAAUUUAUGAAGGCUAUGCCUUGCCGCACGCCAUCAUGCGUCUGGACCUGGCUGGCCGUGACCUGACAGACUACCUCAUGAAAAUCUUGACGGAACGUGGCUACUCCUUUGUGACCACUGCUGAGCGUGAAAUUGUCCGUGACAUCAAAGAGAAGCUGUGUUACGUGGCCUUGGACUUUGAAAAUGAGAUGGCCACUGCUGCCUCUUCCUCCUCUCUGGAAAAAAGCUAUGAGCUUCCUGAUGGUCAGGUGAUCACUAUUGGAAACGAACGCUUCCGCUGCCCAGAGACCCUCUUCCAGCCGUCUUUCAUUGGCAUGGAGUCUGCUGGCAUUCAUGAAACCACUUACAACAGUAUCAUGAAGUGUGAUAUAGACAUCAGAAAGGAUCUUUAUGCCAACAAUGUGCUGUCUGGAGGCACUACAAUGUACCCGGGCAUUGCAGACAGGAUGCAGAAGGAAAUAACUGCUCUGGCUCCCAGCACUAUGAAGAUCAAGAUCAUUGCUCCUCCUGAACGUAAGUACUCCGUCUGGAUUGGAGGCUCUAUUCUUGCCUCCCUGUCUACUUUCCAGCAGAUGUGGAUCAGCAAACAGGAAUAUGAUGAGGCUGGCCCAUCCAUUGUUCACCGCAAAUGCUUUUAAAUUGCUUUAUCUUUAUAUGUCUCCUUAUUACUGUGAAUGUAUUCAGGAAAAUACAUUCUUAUGAUUUCAUUCCAUAAAACCUUAAUCGUAAUGACUCUAAUUAAUUGGAUACUAUGUAUUUUUUUUGGAAUAAAUUUUAAAUGUGCUAUGAAA